GAUAUUGAAUUGAAUUCUACACAGAGUUUUUAAGAUUUUUUACUCUUAAGCUUAUUUUUUUUCACACUUUUGUUGUUACGAUAUAUAAUUGUUAUCGAAAUUGAUAAGAGUACAAAAUAACUAUGACACCUGAGCCCGAUAGGACAGUCCUCGAAGCCCUUAUGGGCAUUUAUAAGAGAGUGUUAAGAAACCACAUUACUCUUGACGAAAUUAUUACUGCCUAUCCAUCGUUGAAGGAAAAGGCUCUUUCUAUUCCCUCCACUCUAACGGACGAAGAACGGCGUGUAUUUCUCGAUCUUCCCGAUGUAAAUACGGAGACAGCAAAUAUCAGAGCGGUAACAACUCUUUCACGUGCGGCGUUGAUUGAGAAAGCUGUCAAGGACCCGAGCAGCCUUACACAAGAGGAAAUAAUACUUCUGAAAAACAGAUUCUGGACUCCUGAAACGGAAGCGGAGCGUUUGGAGAUCUGGGAACACCUUUGUGAAACAGAAGAAAUAAUCCUGGGAGAAGAAGGAGCAGCAAUUGAAGCAACUGAGAAAUGCGUCUAUCUCCCCAACGAGCGCGAAGCGAUCCUCGCUGGAAUCAGAGAAUCCUAUAUGCGUCCUGCCCGCGCAAGAGAACUACAAGACAAAGCCAUAGCCGAGGCUGCCCUGUCCAAUGCCCCAGAAUGGAUUCACCGACUCUAUAAAGAAGAAAAACAGUUCUGGGGUUUUGUAGUUUUGUACGAUGUGGCAAUGCAGGGGCUGGAUGCGGAAACUUUGGACAAUUUUAUGCGCAGUUGGGGGGGGUUCGUCAGUUGUGCAUUGAGAUACAAUGGCUCAAAGGAUGUUAUUGAUGUGAAAUGGCGGAUGAUUCCAUUUAAUGCACCGGGCCCUGCGGAGGUACCUCAUGCACCUGGCGUUGGGACUACUCUAGAUGUAAGUGAGAAUAGCAUCCAAAAGGAGGGCUUGGUGCUCAGAAACGCCUUUCGCGAGAUCCUACAGGAUCCCCUACAGUAUGAGCAGAGAUCAGAUGUCGCACCUAUCACCCUCAACAAACCACGUCAGUUUGAAAACUACAAGAACGGACUUGCUACUUCGGGCAUCCUCACCAAUACUUUCCUAGUAUUCGAUCGCAUAUGUAUGGCUUCGGUUCUUGAAUCUGGCAGGUCCAUCGAAAGUAUGCAGAUCCGUGCCUUCGAGGCCGAUUAUCCUGUACCAGGAAAAGUAUAUGCAGAAGGGUAUCAGGGGUACACAUGGGUGAGGCUAGACCAAUUGGUGUAUAACUUUUAUGAGUUAAGGUUAAUUCAGGCGGAUAAAGUGGGUAUGGAUGAGAUAUGGCAGGCUGCACAGCGGAGUCGCAAUGCUGCGUUCGUUAGUAUGGAUAUUGUGGAAGCAGGCAACUGGACGCGAUCGAAUCCAAUGAGUGGCUUCACUCCUCAAAGCAUUUUGGGUCAGAGAUUUUAUGCUAAGAGAUAACUGUCACAGGCCGGACUCAACUGCAAUGCUGUCGCUCACGUGUACGAUCACGUGUACCUAGCUAGCAUAUAAGAGCAUUCUACAAGCGAUCGGAUUGUGAUUCUAUAGUUUUAGAUUCUAAAGAUAUUUUGUACCCUGCUCUCGCAGUUCCACAGCAAAGUGUUACAAUAUAUUCAAUUCAAUUGAAAUCUAAAUCAAAUAAAAGAUAUCUUAUUAAAAGGAAUAGAAGUCA